AUGCGCCGCGGCUCACUUCUUCUUUCCCUCGUGGGGGUCUCGACUCACUGGGGCGUUCCGGUCGUGGCAAAGGCAGUGACCAACGACGAUGACGCCCAGCACCGUCUCCAGCCUUCCCUGGCGUCCAUGGCCGGCCUGGAGGCGCCCUCCAUGGAGCACAUCGACGACGACAUGCUGGCGCAGCGGGCGCAAAGCUUCAUGACGUUUGGCCGCCUCCCGUACGUCAACUGCUUCGCCAAAGAAGACGAGGAAGCGGGGGACGGUAGCAGCAGAUAUGACAUUGCUAUCCUAGGCGCCCCUUCUGACAUUGCCGUCACCGGCCGGCCCGGAGCCCGGUUCGGCCCCUCCAGCAUCCGCUCCGCCAGCGACAGCAAGUCCUACGGCUACAGCGUCUUCACCGGCCGCGACCCGUUGCGCGACUGGGCCCGGGUCGUCGACUGCGGCGACCCGCGCCUCUCGCCGCUCGACAAGACCGUCGCCUUCCGGACCCUCGACCGCGCGCAUGAACUCGUCUCCCUGCGACCGGCGGCCAGCCCGAACCGCACCGCCGCGCCGCGCGUCGUCAUGCUCGGCGGCGACCACAGCACGACGCUGUCCGCGCUGCGGGCGGUGCACAAGACAUGGGGAAAGAUCUCCGUCGUCCAUUUCGACAGCCACAUUGAUACUUGGGACACGGAGGGCGCAGUGUCAGAAUACGCAAAGCUAGACCACGGCACGUUCCUCUACCUUGCUUACGAAGAGGGCCUCAUACUCGACACCUCCAUCCACGCCGGCAUCCGCGCCCCCCACUACUUCCACCGCGACAUCACAAACGACCGCCGCGUCGGCUUCGCCACCGUCCACGCCCGCGAGGUCGACACCAUCGGCAUCCGCGGCGUCGUCGAUAAGAUUCGCCGACGCGUGGGCGACAGCCGCGUCUACGUGACGGUGGACAUUGAUGUCCUGGAUCCCGCCUUUGCUCCCGCAACCGGCACCCCUGAGCCCGGGGGUUGGUCCACGAGGGAGCUGCUCACCAUCUUGCAAGGGCUCGAGGGACUCAACAUUGUAGGCGCCGACGUGGUCGAGGUCGCGCCCGUCUACGACACGGUCAGCCAAACCACCGCAUUGGCUGCUGCUGAGGUGGUCAUCUCUUUGCUUGACCUCAUGGUCGGAUCUCCCGUCAAGGGUGACGCUUCGUAG